GGCUUAGUUUUUUUGUUCUGUGUCGUUUAAGUGCACAAGAGAGCAGAAGUAAAGGAUGGGUGCAGAAUGGCUGGAGAGAUCCUAACAAGGCAGAGGACUGUUGUCAAAACUUGAUCUGAAUGUUAUGGAAUAUCAUGCAGCUUAGCCAAGGUGGGAGUUUACAGCUAUACUGAAGCAGAAUUUCUAUAGCCUCCUGUGAUUUUCAGAGCCCUUCUCUUGCUGCUCUGUAUUUUCCAGCUCUCUGUCUGGCAGUAGCGCUUUGUCUUGUAGAGUCUAGCAACAGAAAAUGGGCUUGCUGAAUGAAAAGCAGUUGUUACUACUCAGUUCUGAAACUGCUUCACAAUUAACUUAAUAGAAAGAAGCCUGCUCAGGCAGCUUUCUGUGCCUGACAAGUCAGUAACAUUUGAAGAUGAGAUAUCAUCAUCUGCAAGACCAAGGUGAAAUCUCUCUGAAACAAAGCGGUGCUGGAAAUGAUUUACAGCUAAUCUUUCAUCUGUGCUGAGAUAGUCUCGUUGCAAGGAGGAGGAUUGUCUGGCCUGUGAUGCUGGUGUUGCCCUGUGGAAGAACCAGCUGGCUAAAAUGAGGGACAUCUGUCAUAAAUGGAAUGGAAAGGAGAAACGUAUGUUGGAUUACUGAGUCUUUGUUCAGCUUGAAUAAUACCGCCCACCUUCCCAGAGAGGUCAAGUUACUGUUUCAGGCAGUGCAGUUAAAUAAUGUACCGUGUGCCAGAGAGAAACGGUGGACUCACAGCCCUAAUUACUCUCAGGUUCCUGAAUGUGCUGUCAAAUGCUGACACGUUGAAUUAGCUGAAUCUGCUGCAUUAUUUCUGAAGUUUAAGAAGGCCUAAAGGAAAGUAGAGACUGGCACUUCUGUUGCAGUGUUUUAAGGUUGCAUGUCUGGUUGGACUUGAUGCAUGGCAUUUGCAUGACACCAAACAGCUUAGCUGUGGAUGUGUCACUGAGCAAACAUGGCCUAUCCAGCAAAUACUAACAGCAGUGCUACAGAAAAAGAGGAAGUUACUAUAAAUGGAGAAGAUGAAAAAGAACGGAGAGAUCCCUAUUUUGUGGAAACACCUUAUGGAUACCAGCUAGACUUGGAUUUUCUGAAGUACGUGGAUGAUAUACAAAAGGGGAAUACCAUUAAGAAACUGAAUAUACGAAAGAGGAGGAAAGCUGUACCAGCCUCGGUGAGCACCAAGAACUCUGGUGGCCAGUGCAGUGGCUGGACCUCCACAGAGUCUCUCUCUUCAUCGAACAGUGAUGAGAACAAGCAGUCUUUGGCAACGAGGAGUCAAGUAACCUUGUCCGUCCCUGCAAAACCCUCAGUUUCCUUUGAAGUAUCUCCUAACUACUUAACUGUUCCAGAGAUUAAACAGCUUCCUCCUCCCUCCCCCCAGCCUCCUCGGCACAACCUCCUUGUAACAAAAACCCUCAUGGAAACACGGAGGCGACUGGAGCAGGAGAGGAUGAUGCAGGUCACACCUGGAGAUGUCCGCCGGCCUCGACUCUCCAGCUUUGGAGGCAUGGGCUCCACGAGCUCUCUCCCCUCUUUUGUGGGAUCCAGUGGAUACAGUCAUGUGUCUCAGCACCUGCAGAAUGGGUAUCAGGGGAAUGGUGACUAUGGUGCCUGUUUCAGCUCCUCAUUAGGCAGUUCCAUUCGUCACAGCCCCAUGAGCUCAGGAAUAUCCACACCGGUCACCAACGUGAGCCCUGUGCAUCUGCAGCACAUCAGGGAGCAAAUGGCAGUUGCCCUCAAGCGUCUCAAGGAGCUUGAGGAGCAAGUCAAGACUAUUCCUGUGCUGCAGGUCAAAAUUUCAGUGUUGCAGGAAGAGAAGAGGCACAUGAUGGCUGAACUCAAAAACCACAGGAAAGCCACUCAAAAUGACACAUACGGUUUCAGAAAGCGGUCCUAUAGUGCAGGAAAUGCAGAGCAGUGGGAGCACAUGUCUCAGGUGAGAAGAGGUGGAGAACUGUAUAUAGAUUGUGAGGAAGAGAUGGAGAGUGUGGAGCAGAGCUCUCAGAGGAUAGAGGAGUUCAGGCAGCUGACUGCUGAGAUGCAAGCCUUGGAGAAAAAAAUCCAAGAUAGUAACUACGAAAGUCCAGCAAACCUUCGGGUGAACAGAGAAGGCCUGACAAAAGAAGCCCGAUCUGUUGCUGUGGGUGCUGAUGAGAACAUGAACGAUAUCGUUAUAUACAACAGAUCUGCAAGGCACCACAAAGAAGUAGCUGUGGGAACAGAGAAAGAAAUGAGGGAGUGUGGAGUUGGGGUGACAGAGGCCAUGCUUGGAUUGUCUACAGAGGUUGAAAAAGAGAUAGAGCUUCAGCAGCAGACCAUCGAAGCCCUUAAGGAGAAGAUUUACAGACUAGAGGUUCAGUUAAAGGAAACCACCCAUGACAGGGAAAUGACCAAGUUAAAACAGGAGUUGCAAGCAGCUGGGUCUAGAAAAAAGGUGGAUAAAGCCAUGAUGGCUCAGCCCUGUGUUGUCAGUAGGAUGGUGGAGGCUGUCGUACAAACGAGAGACCAAAUGGUGGGAGAUCACGUGGAUGUUGCUGAUUCGUCGGUGGGAAACCAUCUGCAGACAAGCAGCAUCGGCACGUCCUGCAGACCUGCCACGCGGAGCACGGCCGCGGGCCCCGAGCUCCUGAUGAACCGAUGGCUGGUGAGGGAGAGGGCAGAGGUGCAGGAUCAGGGCACAGGGAGGUCCAUGGAGCUGCAUGAUAAGUCAGUGGGCACAGAGACAAGUGUCUGUGAGAUGGGCAUCAACACAGAGGAGCCGUCGGAGGUGCCAAGCCCUUGCCAGAUGGCAGAGGCGCGGGUUGGAGCAGUGAGGUCUGUCGGCUGCGGGGACUGCUUGGUGGAUGUGGUGGUCUGUGUGCCCAAGGAACACGUUUCCCGUGAAACAGCCACAGAGGCUGUUCCCAGGGCGGAGGCAAUGGUGAUGGCCGUGCCUUCCAUGGCUAGCCAGCAAACCAGCACAGCUUUGGAGAUGGUGAGCCAGUGCACCAGCACGGAGGUAGCCUGCCUAGCAGACUGUGGGACUAACACCACUGUGAGCAGCUGUGAUAAGCAGACCAGCACGGACGGUGUGGAGCUGCGGAGUGUGGCAGUAGGGGAUGGCCGGGUGAAGGACAUACACGCGUCUGCUAAGGUGCGUUCGGUUGGAGUGGGCACUGUCCUCUCUAGCCACCCUGGCUUUGAAAAGCCUUCUGCCAUAAAAACCAAAGACUGUGGCAUUGGACAGAUAAGUGUUCAUGAGAACUACCUGGUUGGUCUGAAAAUGAGGAGCAUUGCCUGUGGACCCCCUCCAUUGCCGGUUGUCCCAACUGGCACGAGGAGCAUAGGUGUUGGGGGAGAGCCUGUGUGCACCCCAGUCAGUGGUCAGCUGGAGAGCCCUCUGCCUCCACCUGAGCUGAGGACAGGCUUGGAUCACUACAUUGAACGUGUGCAGAAGCUGCUGCAGGAGCAGCAGAUGCUGCUUGCUGAAAAUUACAGUGAAUUGGCAGAAGCCUUUGGGCAGCCUCACUCCCAGAUUGGAUCUCUCAAUUCACAACUCAUCAGCACCCUCACCUCCAUUAACUCUGUCAUGAAAUACGCCAGUACAGAGGAGCUGCGGAGCCUGGACCUUCAGAAGCAGUGCAUGGAGAGAAGCACCUCAUCAGGUGCUACUUUGGAGUACAUCCCUCAUGGCCAACUUGCAAACACACACUUAACUUCAAAUUUGCGAACACUGAAAUUGGAGCAGGACACUGUGCCCACAGAGGAGGAGAGGAAGACUCCCCUGGUGGAAGCUUCUCGGGGAAGGAAGUCUUUUUCCUCUCAGGAUAAAGCUCUUGCUCCCAUUAACCUGACGGAUGAUCAGCUGGCCUCAGGUCUCUAUGUAUGUACUAAUAAUGAGAACACACUCAAAUCUAUCAUGAAGAAAAGAGAUGGGAAGAAGGAUUUGAGCAACACCAAGAAGAACCUGCAGUUUGUUGGCAUUAAUGGCGGGUAUGAGACCACAUCCAGCGAUGACUCCAGCUCCGAGGAGAGCUCCUCUUCGGAUUCGGAGGAGGAGUGUGAGAGCCACGAGUACCCCUGCAACCAGCACUCGGAGGAGAAGCAGCCCACCCCACAGGCUGCCGAGGUCUGCGCCUCUGUGGGGGCAGAGAAGGAUGCUCCCCUCCCAGAGUGUGAGCCCGAGGAGGUGGAAAUCAGAGAGAGGUACGAGCUAAGUGAAAAGAUGCUUUCUGCCUGUAACCUGCUGAGAAACAACAUUGAUGACCCCAAGGCGUUAACCAACAAAGAUGUGAGGUUUUGUUUAAAUACCAUCCAGCAUGAGUGGUUUCGUGUCUCAAGUCAGAAGUCAGCUGUCCCUGAAAUGGUUGGAGACUACAUAACUGCUUUUGAAGAGAUCUCUCCUGCUGUCCUCAGACAUAUCAUCAACAUGGCAGAUGGAAAUGGAAACACAGCUCUGCAUUACAGUGUCUCACAUUCUAACUUUGAAAUUGUAAAGCUUCUUCUGGAUGCAAAUGUCUGUAAUGUAAAUCAUCAGAACAAGGCUGGCUAUACCCCCAUCAUGCUUGCUGCACUUGCAGCUGUGGAAGCGGAGAAGGACAUGAGGAUAGUGGAGGAACUGUUCAGCUGUGGGGAUGUGAAUGCUAAAGCCAGCCAGGCUGGUCAGACUGCACUGAUGCUAGCUGUGAGUCAUGGCCGGAUAGACAUGGUUAAAGCUUUACUGGCCUGCGGUGCAGAUGUCAAUAUCCAGGAUGAUGAGGGCUCUACAGCUUUGAUGUGUGCUAGUGAGCACGGACACGUGGAGAUUGUAAAGCUUCUGCUGGCUCAGCCUGGGUGUAACAGCACCCUGGAGGACAAUGAUGGCAGCACAGCACUUUCAAUAGCCCUGGAAGCUGGACAUAAGGAUAUAGCAGUUCUCCUCUAUGCCCACGUCAACUUUUCCAAAACCCAGUCACCGGGCACUCCUAGGCUUAGCAGAAGGACAUCUCCUGGUCCCACCCACAGAGCCACGUUUGAGUAGUAGCAUAUAAAUAUCUGUAAAAAAUCUCUACGCCAUCUUUAAGCUGCUAAAUGUUACUGUUUUACUGAGACAGAUACUGAAUGUAAUUGUCUUGUGCCUGAACUCACCAGCAAAGUGAAAGCAGAGAUCUAGUGCUAAAGGUAGAAAACCAUAAACUUGAAGCAAGCAUAUAGUUAAGCGGUGCUCAGUGGAGAAUCUUACUUUUGCUCACAUACUCAUCUUUCUGUACACUGGCAUAAAUCCUGUUUUUCUUUGUUGUAGAUUAUCCUUUCUUAUGUUAUGUGCAGACUGUGACUUCUAAAGCUAUCCAUGCAGGGGUGUCCCAGUGGCUUAUUUUUAGUCAUUCUAAAAGAUAUUUACUGUGCCUAGGCUUCAUCACAGUAAACUUUUCAUAAAUUCCAUUCCAACAUGAUUUUCAUGUUUUUAAUUACUUUGAAAUUCAGAAGUUGCAGUUGCUUAUGUAGUCAGCUCCAUGGAUCUUGAGCUGGUGGGUGAAUGGGUAGGUAUUGGGGAUAGAGCCUCUUGUCAGGUCGGAAGUUCACUAAAUAAGUCGUUGCUAAUUGGGGAUAAUGUAUAACUUUUUAUAUAAAAGAUAUUAGUAUCUAUAAAAUUAACUCACACAGUAUUUUCAACAUUUUAUAUUCCUUAAUAAUUAAAACCUACAUGAAGAAUUACAUGUCCUGUUACCAUAUUUUUAUUAACGGUUUCAGUCUAUAAGCUCCAUACAUGUUUAUUGGAGAAUAAAAUUAGAGGUACCAGCUGUAUAUUCCCCUUGAGUGGAAUUGAGUGUAGUUCUUGGUGCGUAUUUAUGGAAUGCUAUUACCUUGUCACAUUCACUUUAGUCAAGUGUAUUGAAAUGUUUGAAGUGCCUUAGACUCUUGCCAUAUUUUCAGAAUAAAAUUUCAUUAUGCUGUUUUA